CAUCGAUACGACACGGGAAGCAAAAAUUGUAACACCGCCCCUCCUUCGGCUCGAUCACCAUUGAUAAUCAGAACAAGUCGCUCUCCGCAAGCCCGUAGUGCUGAAAUCUUAGCUCGUUUUCAUAACAAUGUAACGGCAAUGAAACAAAGCUUUGGGGAACCCGAGAAACAGCACCACAAUGGACGAUGAUUUGUUCCAGCUGAGACAACUCCCGGUGGUCAAGUUCCGUCGCACGGGUGAGAGCACGCGUUCUGAGGAUGAUGGAGGCUUCAGGGAGCACGAGAUCCAGAUCGAGGGCGUGCGGACAGACCUGGAGUCGGUAGAGUUGGGCGAUGGUGCUGCGGUGCCCCGGGAGUUUGCAAACCCCACUGAUGACACCUUCAUGGUGGAAGAUGCAGUGGAGGCCAUUGGUUUUGGGAAAUUCCAGUGGAAACUCUCCAUUCUCACUGGCCUCUCCUGGAUGGCCGAUGCCAUGGAGAUGAUGAUCCUCAGUAUACUGGGCCCCCAGCUGCACUGCGAGUGGAGAUUACCUAGCUGGGAGGAGGCCCUGCUCACAUCGGUGGUGUUCAUCGGGAUGAUGAUCAGCUCCUCACUCUGGGGGAACCUGUCUGACAAAUACGGCCGGAAAACAGGCCUAAAGAUGAGUGUGCUGUGGACCAUGUUCUAUGGUCUCCUGAGUGCUUUCGCCCCAGUGUAUGGCUGGAUCCUCUUCCUCCGUGCCCUUGUGGGAUUCGGCAUCGGAGGAGCCCCACAGUCUGUAACGCUAUAUGCUGAGUUCCUCCCCAUGAGAUCCAGAGCCACCUGCAUCCUGCUGAUAGAGAUAUUCUGGGCACUGGGCACAGUGUUUGAGGUCCUGCUGGCCAUCCUGGUGAUGCCAACCCUGGGCUGGCGCUGGCUGCUGGCCCUCUCCACCAUUCCCCUUCUCAUCUUUGCAAUCCUCUGUUUCUGGCUUCCGGAGAGUGCCCGCUACGAUGUACUGACAGGGAACCAGACUAAGGCUCUAGCCACCCUCAAGCGCAUUGCUGUGGAGAACGGGGCACCCAUGCCGCUGGGGAAACUCAUCGCUGCCAGACAGGAGGAUCGUGGGAAAAUCACGGACCUCUUCUCGCCGCACUUUCGCUGGACUACUGUUCUUCUGUGGUUCAUCUGGUUCUCCAACGCCUUCUCGUAUUACGGCCUGGUUCUGCUGACCACAGAGCUGUUCCAGUCAGAGGGUGAAUGCGGGGUGUCCAAGAGAGGGCAAGUGGAGGACAGGUGCAACCUGGAGUGUUAUUACCUGACAUCUGAUGAUUACAAGGACCUGCUGUGGACCACUCUGUCUGAAUUCCCAGGCUUGCUGGUGACACUUUGGGCGAUUGACCGGCUGGGUAGGAGGAAGACCAUGGCCCUGUGUUUCCUAGUGUUUUCCCUCUGCAUCGUGCCACUGUAUGCAUGUGUGGGAAGGACAUCCCUCAUGGUCUUGAUAUUCAUCGCCAGGGCCUUCAUUGCUGGAGGAUUCCAGGCAGCUUAUGUCUACACUCCUGAGGUGUACCCUACAGCAAACAGAGCGCUAGGGCUGGGGACCAGCAGUGGAAUGGCAAGAGUUGGUGCUCUCAUCACCCCCUUUGUUGCACAGGUGAUGCUGGAGUCCUCGGUGUAUCUGACCCUGUCAGUGUACUGCUGCUGCUGCUUGCUGGCAGCCAUCGCCUCCUGCGCACUGCCCAUUGAGACCACGGGGCGGGGCUUGCAAGACUCCAGCCACCGCGAGUGGGGCCAGGAGAUGAUGGGACGGGCCGCCCGCAGCCCCGGGGGCAUCCCGCACUCCAGUUCCGGAUCCCAGGACUGAGGAGUGGGGCGGGACGGGGUAUCAGAACA